UCUGUAUUUCUAAUUAUUUUUAUCUUCUUUAAAUAUCAUAGUUUAAUUUAAACAAAAAUAAAUAAGUAAUAUAUGUAGUAUUUGAAUGUGAUAUUGUGGCUCGUUUGGUUAAGUACCCUGAAACGAUUGAUGCACAGUCUUUUUGGUUGUGGUUUACUUAGUUACUCUGUUAUAGACUGAUGUACAUUUGUGAAGCUUUUAUUCAAGUUUAUUAUUGUAAAAGGUUGACACACAUAUGUUUCCCAGGGCGGGCGCAAGGAGUGUUGGUGUGCUGACUCCCAUGUUUGGUAUCACGUGGCUUAUCGGCGUAUUUGCAGUCAAUGACACCACAUCGGUCUUCCAGUGGUUAUUCGUCAUACUGAACUCACUACAGGGUCUAAUGAUAUUUAUUGUUAAGUGUCAACUGGACAAAAAGGUUCAAGACGCCUUCAAUGAGAAACGCCGACGAUUGUUUUAUGUUGAAAGUAGCACUUCUGAAGAAAACACCAAAAACAAAAAAACCAAUUACAAGAUAACCUGGAUGCAGAUGCGAAGCAGAUGGGCAAGACGUGGGAACAGCUCGAAAGAAUCGCCCAGAGCCGAAACUUCUGGAGGAGACUUGUCGGCAGCCUAUGUCUCAGACGGGACCACAUGCGAAGUUGAGAUGAGAUACUAAGAUACAAUACCUGCAUCAUCUGUUUGAGUCAAAAUACUCCGAGGCUUUACCAAUCUAACAAUAUGUAGAGCUAGUUUAUUUGUAUCUUCGGUAUAAAGUAUUUAUAAUACAAGUUCAUUUAACCGUUAUAAUUAUUGUACUGGCCUUACAAGAUUCCAAUCAUGAUUUAACAAUGAUCUGAAUGUAACAGCUGUAUGAUGCUAUGUAUCUUCUGCUUUUAAACGGUUUGGUUGAUACUUGUCUGAUUUCAUUCUAUCUUGCCUCAGACGGUUUGGUUGAUACUUGUCUGAUUUCAGUCUAUCUUGCCUCAGAGAGUUACGGUUCUUGUGCUCUGAUCUGAUUACAACAAGUGAGAAGUUAAAAGUAAUUACAUUGAAAUGUAUUCUCUUUUAUAGCUUUUUUCUUUGAAUAGUUAUGGUGUAAAGGUAUGUGAAUGAUAUCCUGUAUAAAGAGUAUUUGUGUGUGCGUCCUUGUUUACGCCUUCUUAGUUUUGUUUGUUGAGUAAAUGUGUGUUAAAAAUAAUGCAUUAUGUAUUGAUAGGUAGGAUUACUCCUCUUAAAUUCAAAGUAUUUCAUCUAUGUAUGCUGCCGACUAUUUGCUUUAGCUGUAUAAUCAGUAUUUUGUGUGAGUUUUUGUUUUACUCUCUUUAGGUUUUGUUUGUAGAGUAAAUUUACGUUAAAAUUAAUGCAAUAUGUAUUGAUAAGUUUGAGUACUCCUCUUAAAUAUAAUUAUUAAGGUUAAUAUGUAUUUAUAUUAUUAUUACAGUUAAUAUGUAUUUCCUGUUGUAAAUUAUUUAUUGAUACUACUUAUGUAAUCAUUAUUUAAAUAGUUGUGUAACCUCGCUUUCUCAUUAUUUAAUGUGCUUGUUAUAAUCAUGUUUAUAUGUCUAUUACUGUAGUUAUUAUAUUGCUUGUACUAAAAUGUGUCCACAUGGGCCAUUGGCCUUCUGGAAAUGAUGUAAAUAAAAUCUCUGAAUCUUUUUUAAUGUUAAUUUUGGUGUAUACUUGAAUCUAGUGUUGUAAAUAAUUUUUUGGCAAGUGUGAGGUUUGAAUCGAUUUAUACCCAUAUAAGUGCUUUUGGAUUGCAAUGUUCCAAGGUGGUAACCCCAGUGUUCAUCAUGUCUGUGCAUACCAUAUUACCCAGGGGCGGAUAACCCCAGUGUUCAUCAUGUCUGUGCAUACCAUAUGUACCUGUGUCUCUUGUCUAGUUUGCUUGUUUUCUGUCUAACUGUUUGACUAUUUGUUCUUUUUCAUAAAUAAAUAAACGCAUUAUAUAAUAAUGGUUUUCAUUCCUGCUGAUGCUGCUGCAGUGUCACCUUAUGUUUAUUAUGUUAAUGCUUAUAUUCAAUACAUAUCGGUGUCAUUCUAAAAUGUGUUGUUGUAUAUAAACUUGCAUGGCAUUUGAAAAGUUGGUGUAUUUAAAUGAGACACAAGUAGUUAUUGGAAAAGAUUUCAAUGUAUAGU